AUGAAGCACGGGCGAGCCAGCAAGAACAAAGGUAAAGCGCCGUAUCUGUCGGGCAAACGCACUAACCAGACAUCUACAGUCUCCGUGGUCAUUCCGUCCAAACACACGCGCCGAGAAUCAACAGUCUCUGGGGACAUUCCGUCCAAACGCAUGAGAGCGGACGACAACGAUACGAAGACUUCCGAUACCGGCGAUGAUUCGGAGGCCUUCUGGGGGCCUCCUCCCGAGCUGCCGGGCUUGCGUCCUGUCGAGGAAAAAGACUUUCGCAGCGAGGGCUACGUAUGCCUGUGUUUUUGGACUCCCGAUGAGUGCUGGCUUGCCAUACGCAUCUGCCGGCCCGACACUGACCCGAGUGUGGCUGACCUACUCGAGGGUCAUAUCCGCGAGGCCGAAGAGUGGGAUAAGGAGAAUGCGCAAGAAGAAAGCGAGGCGGAACAUGGCACUCCCCGGGAGAGAUUCUUGAAGGAGAAUAGACCUGCGCUCUGGUAUAGCGAUGAGGAUGGACAACGGCUCGAUGGCUACGACUUCGCACAACCAAGGUAUGCUGACGAAACCUUUAGCUCGUACAGCUGGGUGCCCCAGAUGUCAUGCAGGCAGUUUGACGAAGCAUUUGCCCGCGAGAACAAUCUACCUUUCGUCGAUCUAGCGAUAGAGCACCUCGCGGCGUUCAGGGCCGCGCAACGCCAGGCCGAACUCGAGAUACCAGCCGUGAAGGAGGAGAUGCCAGCCCAUGAUCAGCACGCCAACAACAACGCCGGCCCGAUCAAAGUAGAAGCCCAAGCUUCACCAGCACCGCUGCAUCGUGUGCCUGAGACCCUCACCACGGAACCCGGUCCCAUGAAUCCCGCGAACGUGGUUACAGACCCGAGCAAGUGGAAGGAUCACUUCCCGAACACCACCGUAGAGGCCGCACUGGCUGCAGGGGCCUCAUGGGACGAACUGGUCGCACGGGCUGAAGUGGCCGCACAUACGCAGUCGCUCCUGCGGCGGGAAAAAUGGACCCGGCCGUUAUCUAAAUUGACCCGUCAGUUGUCUCAAUGGCCUCCUCCGCGGGGGUAG